GCCUGAGGCUGUGGGCAGUUGGCCAAGCUUACCCGCUAUAAAAGGGAGCAGGCACUCAGCCCUGCAUGUCUUUGUCAACUGUCUUUCAGGAGACCUGGUGGAGCAAGUCCUUUGGCAUCAUGCCGACUGAUUUGGAGAAGUCCUUGAACUCUGUCAUCGACAUCUACCACAAGUAUUCCCUGAUUAAAGGGAAUUACCAUGCCAUCUACAAGGAUGACCUGAAGAAAUUGCUAGAAACCGAGUGUCCUCAGUACACAAAGAGAAAGGAUGCAGAGUCCUGGUUCAAAGAUUUGGAUGUCAACACUGAUGGUGCAAUUAACUUCCAGGAGUUCCUCAUAUUCGUGGUAAAGAUAGGCGUGGAAGCCCACAAAGACAGCCACAAAGAGUAGCAGAGCUACUGGGCCUAGGGGCUGGGCCCUUGGACAUGUACCUGCAGGAUAAUAAAGUAAUUGAUACCUCA